CGGGAUGGCGUAUCUGUCGUUCUCUCCUAGCCUUGUGACCUGCAGCUCAGCAGGACCGUGCACCUGUCGUUCUCUCCUAGCCCUGUGGCCUGCAAUUCAGCCGGACGCACCGUCUUGCGUCACCUGUGUAGUGCUGUCCUCAGCGAUACAUACCGACAUGAAGCUCCCAGCCCUCCUCCUGAGCCUUGUUGUUGUGGCUGCCAGCGUGGAAGGAAAACAGCUGCCAAGGUGCACACCAUGUGAGCUAGUGAGGUGCGCAGGGGGACCAGAGACAAUGAAGUGCGCUUAUGGCAUUGUAAAGGACUUUUGCGGCUGCUGCUAUACCUGCGGCCAACCCUUGGGAAGCCCUUGUGGACACAAGCUCGGCACCUGCGGGGAGGGCCUGGUCUGCAGUCCCUCCAGGAUUCAGGGCACUUGUGUCCCCAGCCCUACGACGGUCAAGGGGUAAUCUCCUGCCGCUCUCUCAUCGGCUGUCACCGCUACGACCCACCUGCCGCCACUAGAACGACUCUCCUGCUGUUUACUGUUACCGGAACGACUCUCCUGCUGUCUACUGUCAUCGGAACGACUCUCCUGCUGUCUACUGUUACCGGAAUGACUCUCCUGCUGUCUACUGUCAUCGGAACGACUCUCCUGCUGUCUACUGUCACCAGAAUGACUCUCCUGCUGUCUACUGUCAUCGGAACGACUCUCCUGCCGUCUACUGUCAUCGGAACGACUCUCCUGCUGUCUACUGUUACCGGAAUGACUCUCCUGCUGUCUACUGUCACCAGAAUGACUCUCCUGCUGUCUACUGUCAUCGGAAUGACUCUCCUGCUGUCUACUGUCAUCGGAACGACUCUCCUGCUGUCUACUGUCACCAGAAUGACUCUCCUGCUGUAUCCUGUUCAUAUAAACCACAUUCCAGGGGUUAACCUUAAGCAAACUAUGUAUUUAACCACAGAAACAAAACAUAUUCCAUCAAGCCAAUACCUCAUUAUUACUGCAGCUAAUAUCUGUAGCUAAAUUAUAUUCAACAAUUUAUUAUGUUAAAUUUAUUAAUUGUUCAAACAAGGUAUGCGAGGUUAAUAACCAACUAAAACAUAUUUCAAAUAACAUGCAACAAAUUA